UCGUUUUUUUUCCUCCCCUCCACCCUGCCACAUCUGCAAGAAAGGAUCUUUUCUUCUCCCGAAGGGUUUCCCCGCCACGUGAGGACCUGCCAACCCGUCUGGAGACAAAGGAUACAAUUUUCCGCUUUGGGGAGAAAUUUCCUGGAAGGGUUUUUAUUAUUAUUAUUACUGUAUUUCGUUUUCGGGAGCGAUUCGGCGAAGAAGGCGUCUCCUGGCGGAUUUUGGUAAUCGAAUGGACCACCAACCUACCCCCAGGAGCUGCAGCCGGGGGCCCCCAGCCUGCGACGCCGUUCAGAGCGAGCCGUCCAUGAAUGUGCUUGUUCACACGACCACCGGGGCCCGGUAUGAGCUGUCUGUGCCCGUGGAAGAGACGGUGGAAGGUCUGAAGCGGCGGUUGUCCCAGAGGCUGAAGGUCCCGCGGGAGAGGCUGGCGCUGCUGCACAAAGAAAGUCGACUUAAUUCGGGGAAACUUCAAGAUCUGGGGGUUGGAGACGGCAGCAAGUUGACCCUGGUGCCGACGGUGGAAACUGGCUUAAUGUCGCAAGCAUCCAGACCGGAGCAGUCCGUAAUGCAAGCGUUGGAAAGUUUAACAGAAACUCAGGUAAACGACUUCCUCUCGGGAAGGUCUCCUCUCACCCUGGCCCUCCGCGUCGGCGACCACAUGAUGUUCGUGCAGCUCCAACUCGCCGCGCAGCAGAGCGGCGGGCAGCUGCAACAUCGCCACCUCAUCGCCAGCCGCGGCGAACCCCCGGCCCCGGCGCCUCCGGCCGGCUCCGACUGCCACGCCCUCCACGGGGGCAGCAGCCACGCCCCCCACUUCGCCCGGGUCCCCGCCCCUCCCGCUUGCCAGGAAAGCCCCGCCUCCCCGCCGCAGGCCCCGCCCACGUACUGUAGCUCCGCCCACCCGACGCCCGUCACGGCCGGCAUGUUCCGCUCGCACGGGGCCCAGGCGGCGAGCAGCGGCGCGGGGAACGCCUCUUCAUGCUCGGAGGUCGAUUGCGCCACGCGGAGCAAACCUUCGCCCAGCGCCAGCCCGGUUCAGCCUUCCCGACCCCGUAAACCCGGCGCCGUGAUCGAAAGCUUCGUCAACCACGCUCCUGGUGUCUUCUCGGGGACGUUUUCUGGCACUUUGCACCCGAAUUGCCAAGACAGCAGCGGGCGGCCCCGGCGGGACAUCGGCACCAUCUUGCAAAUCCUCAACGACCUCCUGAGCGCCACGCGGCACUACCAGGGGAUGCCGCAGUCGCUGACGCAGCUGCGGUGCCAGACCCAGUGCUCACUCUCCUCGGCCUCAUCGUCGCCGUCGCCCCAAUCCCCGGAUCUCGCCAGCAACACUACCUCAGAGAAAAUCGCAGCAGCUGCUAGCCAGUCCUUACACUUGGGGGCCCCGUGCGCCAGCCAAGUGGCAGCCUCUAAGCCUUCCGGCGACCGGUUGCGGCAAACGGAGAACCGCGCUACCCGCUGCAAAGUGCAACGCCUGCAGCUGUUGAUGCAGCAGAAGCGGCUGCGCCGGAAAGCCCGUCGCGACGCCCGCGCCCCUUACCACUGGCUCCCGAACCGCAAGUCCAGCCGCACCAACAGCAACAGUAGCGUCUCCAGCGAAGGGAGCCUCGACCUGGACUUCGAAGACUCCGUGUGGAAACCGGAAGUCAAACCGGACAUGAAAUCCGAAUUCGUUGUAGCAUAAAAGGAAGA